UAGGAUGUAUUCAAUUACCAAACAGAUGGAAGCGACACCGUUUCAUACAAGAAAGCUGAACACUAGAAUAGCCAAGUGAAUUUCUACUUUCAACAAAUGUAGAGAAAUCGAGAAAAAUUUAAAAUUACAGUUGCAGCGGCGCCACCAUGUUAGCUCCAAACGACCGUCACGAUUCUCCCUCCGAUCAGCCUCUGGUGUGUCGUCUCCAAGAUAUUUUAACUUCAAUAGCCAAAGAAAUUGAAUGUGGAAACAUCGGCCAAACUGAAAGCUUAGUUUCGGAACUUGUCAAGUUCCUUGAUUCGAUUUCUGAUUCUACCGAAUCAGUCCCCAGCAAUGAUGACAUUAAGAACAAUGCUUAUGAAGUUCUCUCAGCGAUACUUAACUUUGUAUCUUCUCCUUCGUUGGACCAGGAAAUUAUUGAUACACUUUCAUUUGAGUUGCCAAAGGCUGUUACGAGACUUGCAGGCGUGUCUAGUAGCUGCUCGGAGAUUGUUAAUAGUGUUAUAGAUCGUUUUGUAGCAACAUGUAGCCCACGGGACAUGCUUUCAAUUCUUUGUGAGGCAUUAGACUCUUUGAUUAAGACAACAAAGGAAUCCAAUAAUUUUGUUCCUCUUCUAAGUGGUCUCUCCAAAGUAUUGCUUUUCACUCAGAGGCGACACUUUGAACAAGUAAAAGUUGCAGUUCCUGUUAUCCUGAAGGUUCUGAAUAGCGUGUCCUCAGAGUCAGAUGACGAAAAUACAGAACCUUUAUUUGACAGGGCUAUAGGCAUUGCUGAUUCUAUCCGUGCAGUUUGCUCUAAGCUGGAUGGAGCAGCAAAGGAAAUGUUGUGUGCUCUUCUUGGUCUAUAUGUUCUGCAGAUUAUGGUGCAUGUUUCAAUAAGCAUGAAAUUUACGGUCUCAAAAUGCGUCCCUUUAGUAUCAAAGUUGUCAAAUUUCUUCCCUUUUUGCCAUUUAUCAUAUCUUGGUUUAAUAACUGCGUCCGAAGUGGAUACCAUGACUAACAUGAUUGUUGGAGAGGAUGAAGAUGAUUAUAAGAGUUGUAUAUCCUAUGUGGAACAAGGUGCAUCUCUUUCAGUGAUUUGGGGCCAUGCCUCUGACCUAGUUGCACAAGCUGCUGAGGAGAAUUUGGCAUCUGUCAAGAAUGAACUUAAAAGUAACCAAACAAAAAAAUGGCAAGCUAUUGGCAUGCUAAAGCACAUACUCUCAUCUGGCAAUUUGCCAUGGGAUUUCAAAGAACAUGCCAUCAACUUCUUGCUUGACAUAACAGAUGAAAAUAUCUCCCAAGAGAAUGGUGGUGAUCAUAAUGACUUCUCUUCUUAUAUGCCUAGUGUCUUUGCUGCUUUGCAGGCUGUUGCAACGGUUGUCAUAUAUUCACCAAGUUCAGUGCUUAGGAAGAAAACCUAUGAAGCAUUUAAAAGAGUUGUGGCCGAGAUUCCACGUUCAGAGAAGCAUGACUUUUUAAAAGCCAUGAUCAUUAAUUGCAAUUCUCCCUCUAUGGUUGCAAUUCUACUAGAUCUUGUUAGAAAGGAAGUCCUUAGGGAAAACCAACAAAGAAUAUCAAUACGAAAUCAAGUCCUGCCAGCUGAAAAUUUAGCAUCUGCAAAUGCAUUGUUUUGGCCUCCAGUUGUCCUGGAACUGGUGGAUUUAGUCUUGAGGCCCCAAAAGGGAGGCCCUCCCCUUCUUCCAGAGCAUGGAGAUGCUGUUCUGUCUGCUCUCAACCUUUACAGAUUUGUAUUGCUUACCACAUCGAAAGAAGAAUCCAACAACGAGGUGCUGUCAAAGAGCAAUUUACAAAGGGCUUACCACGAAUGGCUUCUGCCGCUUCGAACCCUAGUAAUGGGCAUUAUGACGGAGAACAAGAAUGAUUAUGAUCAGUUUGCGAUUGAUACAGUAUGCACUCUUAACCCUGUAGAGUUGGUUUUAUACCGCUGUAUUGAACUUGUUGAAGAGAAACUGAAACAUUCAACAUGAAUCAGCAUAAGAAUACAUGUAUACAUGAUGUUGGCUGGGUAUACGUCCUCAGUUCCCAUGAAUUUUGUAACCUUCUUUUGUUUAAGUUGGAAAUUAAAAUGAAUUAUUUGGUGUUUACUGCAA